AUGAACACUAUUGGUCCGUCAAUGCAAAUAACGAAGAGACACAAGAAGAAUGCUUCUGAUGAUAAACGGGAUCUUAAUUUAGAUCUCAGGUAUUCUACAAAAGUAGAGAACCUGCUGCAUGAGGAGACCCCUGAUUGCAAACACCCGUUUCCUUCAAAAACAUCUUUUUCCAGUGGUUCUCAGCAGAAUUAUGCUACUGGAUGGCAGGAAAAGAAUUCCACAUUGGCAAGUGACUGCUUACAUAGUUGUGUUGUUGAUCAAGUGGCAAGAUCAACAACACAACUAUGUAAAUCAGUGGAUGAUGGUGUUACAGUACUCAAUUCUCCAUGUGAAUUUCCAAAGAGGAAGAAUAAGAUGGCAUCUGGAAGGCAGUCUGGAGCCCCAAGCACAAGUGCCACCGCAUCCACAAACACAAUGCAAACCGCUGUGUACUGCCCGAUUUGCACGAACCCAUUGUUUCAGCCUUCAACAACGACCUGCGGCCAUAUCUUCUGCCUAAGAUGCAUAAAAGCCUUCAUUCAGGAUCGGAAGAAAUGCCCAACGUGCACGAAGAAACUGAAAGCGACCGAUGUUCAUCUUAUUUACCUUCCCGCAAGAUCAUCCAAUUGACAUGCAUGAUUGCACAUCAGAAACAACCGAAGUCAGCCU